AUGUUAUAAAUUAAUUUUCUACUUCCAGAUGGAAGCAAUCGAUUUUGUAAAAUCAAUACUGAAGAUUAAGAUUAAAUUUAUUACAGAAAUAUUUGUAAAGGUAAUAUUAGACUAAAGUAUUUAGAGUUGAAAUUAGAGUGGCCUGAAGAAUUUAUUGCAUUAUGCGAGUUAAAAGAGAAAAAAGUUCUAAGCAAGUUUUAUCAUAAGUAAUUAUCUAUUUAAAUGAAAAGAUUAGAUCCAAAAAAACAAUAUAAAUUAUUUCACAUUCAGUAGGUGAUUAGUACAAUUGAAAUAGCUGAGAAGGAAAUAAAGAAAUAAAAUGAAGAAAAUGAAAAAUUAAAGGAAGAGAUUUAAAAUUUAAAAAUUCUUUUAGAUGCAAAAUUCAAAGAAAUCUAAUAAGUUAAAAGUCAAUCAGAUAUGACUUGUAAGGAAAUUGAGGAUAAAUUGAGAUCAGUUGAACAAGAUUUAAAGAGAGCACAAGAAUAAAUGAAAUAUUAGAUAUAAUAAAUUUAAUCUUUAGAAAAAGAUUUGCAAUAAAAUAAUUCUGCAUAAGAUGCAAAUAAAUAAGAUAUGCUAAAUAAAUAUUAAAGAAAAGUAGAAGAAAUAGAAAAUUAUAGAAUGAUUUUGUGGUAAGAAAAAUAAAGUUCACAAUAAGUUAGAAUAUAAUUUCAAUAAUAUUAACAACAAACUUAUAAUGUUAUGUAAUAAUGGAAAUAAUAUUAAGGCAAAGUAGAGUAUAAAUUAAAUUAAAAUCAAUUAGAAAAAAUAUAAUUUAAGGAAGACUUUGGGAAAUAAAAAAAAAUAAUUGAAACAUCAGAAAACGAUUUGAAAUAAAAAUAAAAUGAUAUUAAUUAAUUGUAAUCAGAAAAAUAUAAUUUGGAAUUUAAUGUUGCAAAAUUAAAAAGGGAGAUAUUGAAUUCUUAAAAUGAAUAUUAAAAAGAACUUCAAAAUUAAAAAAAGUAAUAUGAAGAUAAGUGUAAUACAAUAGAAGAAUUGGAACAAUAGUUGAAAAAUUACAAAAAAAAUAAUAAACAGCUAAAGGAAGGCUUAAAAAGAGAAAUGACUUAUUAGGAAAAUUUUGUAUAAGUUUAUUAAAAUUAAACUUUAGCAAGAUAAUUUAAUUAAAACUAAAGUGAUGAAGAUAAAUUAAAAUAAGAAAAUGAAAUUCUUUAGUUAAGAAUAUAAUAAUUAGAGGCUAAUUUAAAUAGUUAGUAAUCUGAAAAUAGAGAUUUAAAGAUUAAAAUAGAUUCUUUAUAUCAAAGUCUAGAAUAAAUAUAAGAUGAAUAAAAUUAAUAUUUAAUUUAAAAAGAUAAACAAUUAGAAUAAUAAAAAUAAUAAAUUGAAAAAUUAUUAAAAAACCAAGAUAAUUAGAAUAAAUAUCAGUUAGAAUUCUAAUAAGAGAAAGAGAAAAAUGCAGAAAAAGAGAUUGAAAGAUUAAAUUAAGAAUUAUGCAGAAUUAUAUAAGAAAAACAAAAGAUAGAAGACGAUGCCAUAGCAGAGAGACUAAAACUGUUAAAUUAAAUAAAUGAGAGUGAUCGUAAAAUGUUAGAAAAAGACUAAGAGCUUGCUGCAUUAUAAAAUUAAGCGAUAGUUCCUGUUUAUUAAUUUAGAAUAUAAAGAUUAGUAGAAUAAGUCCCAAGAGAAUAUUUUAGCAAUAUUGAAUUUGCAAUUGAGACAAUGAUGUUAUAAAAGGAGAAUCCAGAAAAAUUUCUAUAAAAUAAAUAGGCAUAAUGCAAAAAAGUAGAUUUUAGAUUAUAUUAAGUUAAACUUAAUAAAAGGGCAGAGGCUACAUUAUAUAAUAUUAGUGAUUAGGAUUAUAGAUAAAUUGCUGACCUUAUUCACAUUGGUAAUAUAACAGGUAUACACUGUUAAACUCCAGUUCAAUCAACUGAUUAAUCUUUAGAUUAAUAUUUUUUUUUUAAAUGCCUUUAAUGUCCUACAAGAAAAAUAUUUGAAGGUAAAAUUUUUGGUAUAAAAUAAUGCAAAAAAUAAGAUAAUGAAGAAUUACUAAUGAAAGAGACAGCAAUUGAUAAUUGUUUGGCUACUCUUAUUUCUUAAGAUUUCAUGAAAAAAUUUGUGAAAGAAUUACGCGAAAAAAAAGCUGAAGAUAUUUUUGAUUUCUAAUUUAGAGAUUAAUAUAUUAUAGAAGAAAAUUACGAUUUUAAACAGUAUUUAAUAAAAUUAAUUGAGAAUUAACAAAUUUAAAAUGAAGGUAUUAGAAAUUUUAUAGAUUUUGUAAAAGCUAUGAGUAAUGAUUAAUCAAAUGAUUUUUAUGAUUAUAUUAAAGAAUAUUAACUUGGUAAAAAUCAACCAAAAAAUUAAAAUGUUAUUUAAGCAUUUUUAUAGAUUUAAAAUGAUAAUAGACUUGAAGAAAUUAAUAAAAGAUAUAAUCCAGAAGUAAUUAAAAAAGAAUUGAAUAAUUUUAUUGAUUAUAUAGGAGGAUUUAUGAAAGAAAUGCCAUAAAAACUUGUAAUUGAUUGAUAUUAAUAAUUUAGUUUUAUGCCAUCUAGGAAAUUGAAAUAAAACCAAAUUUCAAAAGGUACAACGGAGGACGUUAACAUUUUGAAAGAAUAAAUGGUUAGACAACUUAGCAUGGUAAAUUCUUUUCUGCGUUCUCCUAUUAUUCAAUUAUAAGAAGUUAAAGAUAGUUAUGCAUUUCUUAUUUAUAAGGAGUCUAAAACUAAUUAUACGAUCCAUUGGUUUCAACGAACGAUGGGUUUUUGAAUAAGUUUGAUUAAGGAUUUAAUGAGAUAAAAAAUAUUGAAUCUAAGUUUUAAUCAGAAACAAACAUAAACAAAGGAAUAGAAUAUAUGAAAGCACUUGGCAUAAGAUGGAAUUGA